AUGGCAGAAUAUGAGGCUUGCAUUCUUGGGCUUAGGAUGGCUAUAGACGUGGACAUUAAAGAGCUAUUGGAAUUGAGCAAAAGGUUUUUGAAGAUCGAAUUCAAGCAUGUCCCUCGAAGUCAAAAUGAUUUUGCUGAUGCCUUGGCGACACUAUCAUCAUUGAUUCAGCAUCCAUAUAAGAAUUACAUCGAUCCAAUCAAAGUGGAGAUACACGACUUAAAAGCCUACUGUUUCCAUAUAGAUGAAGAGUCAGAUGGAAAGCCAUGGUACUACGACAUUAAGAGGUUACUUGGAGCAGGAGGAUAUCCAGAAGACGAUACUGACAAGCAGAAGAGGACUUUAAGAAGGAUGGCCAAUCACUUCUUUCUCAAUGGGGAGAUCCUAUAUAGGAGGACUCCAGACCUAGGAUUUCUAAGAUUCGUUGGUGCCACGGAGGCAGCGAGAUUGUUAGAGGAGAUACAUGCAUGA